GGAAAAAGUUGAGGGUAAGCUAGUAAGUGGUAGUAGUUACUAAAGGCGUUCACUAAUUAGUUGGUACACUUUCAGGUGAAUCAAAACAUCAGCGCGAUUGGUUCAGACUGUGUCAGUUAAGUUUUCUUUUAAGUAUAUCGGUUACCUUCAUGACAUUCCUCAACUCGGAGCUCACCUCGUCGAUGGCAAUUAAAAAGAACGAAGAUUUCAUCAAUGACUAUUCAGAUAUACUACGCUUCAGAAAGAUGCAGAUCUAUGCUGAAGCAGACUCCACUCUAUCAGCGCUUUUCACGAAAGCAAGUACCGACCUUCUGAGACGGCUGUCGACCCGUUUAGUUCCUGUGAGAGGUACUUUUCGAUAUGGACCGGAACUAUUCUCACUUAUAAAAAAGGUCUCGGAGAAACAAGGGGUUCUCGUCGGUAGCGAACAUAUGGGUAUCUCCUUCAUGCUACAGAGCUUAAAGGUCUUCGGUUACUGCCCCAAAACGAUGGUGACCACAAAGGGGUUUGGACUUCUCAGCGGAGACAUUUUCUUGUCACGCAGUUUGCCUUCGGAACUGACAAGAAACAUAAAUAAGGGAAUACAUAUUUGCCGAGAAUCGAACCUAUAUCGACAGAAAUUACUCUGGACAGUACAUAACUAUUACAAAUGUAUGGCUUUCACGUUCAGCAACAAAGAUGAACCCAAGCCAUUAUCUUCGGAUGACAUACUUGGCAGUUUGGUAUUGCUUGCGAUCGGACUUGGAGUGUCUCUGGUAGCGCUUACGGUCGAGGGUAUAUCUCGUACAAUCAUCUAUCGAAAACGUUCUACAACUACACGUUGUCUAACCCAAGAAGUGGUACAAUGAAAUUUCACGUAUUUCAUAAAAGUAUAGACAUUUUUUUCAAUUUAACUGAAUUAAUAACAUCAUGAGUUUCUUACCCCUUUCGAUCUGAAUCACUUAGACAUAAUACCAUUAAAUAAAUCUUUAUUAAAUAAAAGAAAAAUCGAUACAAUAUUGAAUGAGCAACCAUGCGAAAGCAUUGUAU